AUGGGGGAGAGCCGUGGCAAAUUCGAGCUCUUCAAAAGUCCAGAUAAAAGCACCGCGCGCAAGAGCUCAAAGGAGCGCAAGCUGCGCCUUCGGGUCAUCUUCCUGGACGACAGCGAGAAGAUUUUCGACGUCGAUCAAAGGAUCCUGGGACACGACUUCUUCAACAAGGUGUGUGGAUACCUGAAGCUGCUGGAGAAGGAGUACUUUGGGCUGGAGUUCCGUCACCAUAGCGGCAGCUACGUGUGGCUGGAGCUGCUGAAGCCGCUGGCAAAGCAAGUUAAAAACACCACUGACCUGACGUUCCGCUUCAUUGUGAAGUUCUUCCCUCCAGACCCCGGGCAGCUGCGGAAGGGACUGACCAGGUAUCUGUUUGCGCUGCAGAUCAAGCAGGAUCUUUCCAACGGGAGCCUCACAUGUAAUGACAACAGCGCCGCCCUGCUGGUAUCCCACAUAUUACAGUCAGAACUGGGGGACUAUGAUGAGGAGCUGGAUGUGCAGCACCUGCAGAACAAGCAGUACGUGCCCAACCAGGAGUACCUGGACCACAGGAUCAUCAGCCUGCACAAGCGGCACAGAGGACAGACCCCCUCGGAGUCAGACACGCAGCUGCUGGAAGUGGCGCGCAAACUGGACAUGUACGGCAUCCGGCCCCACGCCGCGAGCGAUGGAGAGGGCAUGCGGAUCAACCUGGCCGUCACACACAUGGGCGUGCUGGUGUUCCAGGGCAACACAAAAAUCAACACAUUCAGCUGGGCCAAAAUUCGCAAGCUGAGCUUUAAGAGGAAACAUUUUUUGAUAAAACUUCAUGCAAAGAUUGUGCCCUCUCGCAGGGACACGGUGGAGUUCACCAUGGCCAGCCGGGACGUGUGCAAGGCCUUCUGGAGGAUGUGUGUGGAGUACCACGCCUUCUUCCGCCUGUCUGAGGAGCCCAGAUCCCACCACAAAUCCCUGCUCUCCAGCAAGGGCUCCAGCUUCAGAUACAGUGGCAGAACACAGAAGCAGCUCCUGGACUCUCUGGGGAGGGGGGAGAAGAGAAACCUGUCCUUUGAAAGGAAGUACUGCAGGACGGACUUUGAUGCACGGCACUGCAGGUCCUCUCCUGAUCUCCUCACCGACGUUUCCAAACAGCUGUAUGAGCAGACCUCGUCCCUGCCACUGUCGGGCAGUGUGGAGGGUGGGGACAGGGGCGGGGUCCGUCCGGAUCUGAGAGGGAAGCGCAGCAAGUCUGCGGUGGAGGUGGUGUUCGCGGCCGAGCUGGAGCGCUCCCAGGCCCGGGCCCCCCUCCACCCCGCCCCCCUCCCCAAACCCUCCUCCUCCACUGACAUGGGAGCGCCACAGAAGGCCAAGAGCAAGACGCGUCAGUCCCGCGGCAGCGGCGGCAUGGCGGAGGGCCCGCGGGGGCUGGUGCUGCUGUACCCCAACAACCCCCACCUGGCGCUGCACCCCGUCCUGCCCGCCUUCCCGCUGGCCGCGCCCGUGCUCAUGCCUGGGGGCGCCCCCUCUUCCCGCCACACUGCCCUGCUGGACGACGUGGUCCGCUCCUCCAGCUUCUCCAGCCCGUCCUCGCUGUCCCCCCUGCGGCGCCAGCGGCCCCGCCCCAGCGGGCCGGGCCUGGGUGUGGCGGGGGCGGGGCUCGGUCAGGGCGGGCGGGGCUGCGGCUUCGGCAGCCAGCUGGACUUCAGCAGGGUGGAGGCGGGCCACUUCAGCGACGACUCCAGCUACCAGGCGGGGCUCCCGGGCCGGUCCCGCAGCCAGUCCGACGUCAAGUCCCCGCGGCCCCCCGCCCACGCCUCCGAAUUCCGCCCCCUGGGACACUACCCUCACCUGUCCCGCCGCCAGGCCCCCACCCGACCCACCUACCUCCCGCUGGGCUCUGCCCCCCUGCCUGACCGCCCCGCCUCCCUCUGCGUGCUGGGCGCGUCUGGGAGCUUCAGCGACUCGGAUUCAGAUGUCCUGUACCCCUACUACUGCCCCGCCCUGGGCAAGCUGCUGCACGCCGCCCCGCUGGUGCGCAUGCGCAUCUCCUCCGGCAGCCUGCAGCUGGACGAGGAAGAGGAGGAGGAGGAGCGCGAGGAAGAUUCCUUCAACCUGAGCGACAGCGAGGCAGCCAACCCCUCCCUCACAGCAUCGCAGCACUGA